AUGUCAGCUUCCACCGAUCCCUCAUUCUCACCUCCCAAUCCCAUAUCCCCUCUGCCAAUUGGUAGCGGGGACCUGUUUCCCCCAUCCGGCCCAAGAGACGGCAUGAUAGUCGAUCCAAGUCAUCCUCUUUUCACAUCAACGCACGUCCAACCAACCCACCCGCACAUAGACCCCAUUGCUCCGCCCGGCGUAGCCCCGGAACCCGAUGUCGAUACCGAGGAUCUGCCUGUUAGAUUGACUGAGGAUGUCCCUGAUUGGCCGCGGCCGCCAGAGAGGGCUGAAAAGGAGAUGAAAGAGGUAUACCCUGGGGCAGAAGCGGACGUUAGGCGGCCGGAGGAGGUGGGUAAGGAGGGGGAGGUCCAGCCUGUGAAGAAAGGAGAAGGAGUAAGGGAUUGGCCUGGAGUCAUUGUGUGA